GACAUGCACAAUGGGGCGUGAGAAGAGCUUCUCCCCAAUGUUUCGAAGAAGCUUUGGGUGAGAAAUGCCUUACCAGAAGCUGCUGCCUGGAGUUGGGAAGCAAGAAAUGGUGGAGAAAAGGUAGGGCAGUGAGGUCACAAAGCCUCCUUGAAGAAAGUUCUCGAGGGUCAGUCACCCCGGAGCAAGUGGACUGGGAAUCAUACAAGAGCAGGCAGCAGGCCAAGGCCUGUUGAGAGGGGAAGAGACGAAGAAGAAUAAGGGAAGAAAGAAGUAAGUAAGUAAGUCUAGGUCCAGAUCUACCUGCCCUCUCUACCUCGUUCAUCUCAUGGAAGCUCCGGUUGCCAUCUUGAGGGUGCAGCUCCCCUUUGAGACUCUUCAACCAGCUCCCCUCGGAAUCAGUUCCACCCACAGCACCUUGUAAGAAAUCCAUCGCUAUUAACACGAUGAGGUCCCCUCUUCCACCGUGGAUGCACGUGGUCGCUCUGUUUCUGGCCCUCCAAGUCCCAGCGGCGAGAGCCUUCAUCCGGGCCGUUUACGGCCACAAUACCACCAAGCUCGAUUUCGAGGCCUUGCCCGCCCUUUUCGGGGUGCCCAUCCCGGAGGGAGGGCUGGUGGGGUCGCUCGUCGAAGCAAGGCCCUCGGAUGCCUGCCAACCCAUUGACGGCCCGCCGAACGCCUCCGCCGUCUUCAUCGUCCUCAUCCCCCGGUACGGCUGCUCCUUCGCCGCCAAGGUGCUCCAUGCUCAGCAAGCGGGCUUCCAGGCCGCCAUUGUCCACAACGUCAACUCCCAAGCCUUGGUGAACAUGGUGAGAGAGCGGGAGGAGCAACCUCCCCUCCGCAUCCCGGCCGUGUUCACGGCGGAGGUGACCUCCAAGGUCCUGAAGCAGCUCCGCCGCACCGAGAAACUGCAAUCGCUCGUCUUGGUCCCUGAGUAUUUCCACUUUGUCUGGAAAGGGUCCUCAGGGGCGGCCCGCGUGGCUUCUCCUUGCCGGUGCCGCAUCCGGCUUCUCGGCCCCGACUUGCACAUGAUGUCCUUCUACGCCUACUGGCUCAUCUGCGUCGUGUCCGUCUUGAUCGCCGUGUUGCUGAUCGAGAAAUGCCUCUCCAGGAGCUCCGAUGGGAAGCUCGAGAGGAGCCAAAACUUCCCCGGAUACGGUUGCGGACGGCCUUUCUCGUUCACCAGCUCCCGCUACCAGGAAUGCGCCAUCUGCUUGGAGAAGUACACCGAACAUGACAGCCUGAAGGUGCUCUCGUGUUCGCACGCCUUUCACAGCCGGUGCAUUGACCUCUGGCACAUCACUCAGGCCCGGAGCAAGACCUGCCCGCUCUGCAUGCAGAAGGUGAUGGUGGUCACCCGCUUGCAAGCCGUGCGGCUGUGGAGAGACGGCGCGAGGGACAACACGUGGACCUUGUCGCUGGGGAAAGGGCGAGCCGCCUCCAACGGCCAGAGGUGUUUCCUGCUGCUUUCCCAACAACUCCCGUCCCAGUUCUGAGAAACACGCUCGAACUGGCCAGAAAACCAAGAGGAGACAUUGGCCACAUCCAACUGGAAGGUGUCGAGGGCAUUGCGUGUCGUAUGUUUAUCAUAAUAAUUACAAUCCUUACCAAGAUCUUAUCAAGAAAAAUGAGGACAACUCGGUAGGACGUUCCCAUCUUUGUCUCAGCUUCACCCAACUGGUCCUUGUCAUGCCCAUCGCCCAAGAAAAUACAGAGAAAGUGUUUAUUCAAACACAGAUUUCAACCUGG